AGGAAACCCCUUUUCCUGUGUUACCCGUGACUAAUAUUAAUAAUAAGGAAAAGACUACCGGAAUCUAGAUUGAAAGGAAAUAAAACAAGAACGUGUUUUUGACUUUUUCAACACUUUGUAAAACCAAAAUGCAGAAUCCAAAUGAAGACAGUGAAUGGAAUGACGCCUUGCGUCGGUACAACAUUAUACCUGAAAAAGAAAAGGAGAAAGAAAUUACAGAAGAGGAUAUUGUUAAUAUGCUUGAACAAACAGUAGAAUCUAAACAACAAGGUAAAGGACUAGACGAAUUAACACUGGAUGAAUUAAAUGAAAUAGAGGAUGAUCUUGAUGAGGAGGAUGAAAGAAGAUUUGAAGAAUACAGACGUCAAAGGCUGGCUGAGUUAAUGGCAAUCCAGAAAAACGCAAGAUUUGGAGAUGUUGGAGAGAUCAGCAAAGCUGAUUAUGUUACUCAAGUAAACAAUGCAGGAGAAGGUGUCUGGGUUGUUUUACACAUUUAUAAAGACGGAAUCCCCAUCUGUAAAUUGGUAAACAACCACCUGGUCAACUUGGCGAGGAAAUUCCCACAGACAAAAUUUUUGCGGAGUGUCUCGUCAGUGUGCAUACCAAAUUACCCCGAUAAAAAUCUGCCCUCCAUUUUUGUUUAUUUUGAAGGAGAUUUGAAGAAGCAGUGGGUUGGACCAUUUGCUUUUGGUGGGAUGAAUCUAAAACAGGAUGAACUUGAGUGGAUGCUAGCGCAGGUAGGCGCUAUUCAGUCUGACAUUGAAAAGCCUGAAAAACCUGAGAUUGAGGACGCCAUGACAAGUGCAAUUAGGCAAAGUCGGAUCAACCAAGAUGACAGUGAUGAUGAUUGAAAGCAGUGUGUUUGACUGAUGGAACAGCUGCCUUUUGUAAACAUGUUGGGAAUGGUUGAUUGAAUAGCUGUGAAAACAGAUCUUGCCUGUUUUGAAUAAUGUGUGUGAAUAUCUUUUAAAUAAGAACAAAUAGAAUUUUGUAGAAUUGUUAAAGUAUACAUUUAAAAAACAACCUAGCAAAAACCUGGAAAAAAAUUAUUGUUGAUGUAAUUUUGAUAUUAAUUAUAAAAUUAACACUGACGCACGCCUUAGUUCGAAACAUAACUCAUAGAGGGGAAAGCUUGGUUUGUGAUUUGGGCAUAAUUACUAUUGCCCAUUUCUAAUUAUACCAUCCAAUAAUAACUGUUGUUGAAAGUUUAAGGAAUGUUUUUGUAUAUAAACAUUUUAAAUCUUAACUUGACUUAGUUAUGUGUGGGUUCUUCUUAUACCUGUGUGAUUUUUUAAGCAAGGUGAGGGACUUUAUUAAUGUACAUUUGUUGUUUCUGAAAGUUUUCUGUGUGCAUUGUGAUGUGAUAAAAUACUUUUACCUGCCAAUAAA